UUUCUCUCGGUUUGUGUGUGAAACGUAGACGGUUUUUCUCUCCUCUUCACGGAAGAGAGAGACAGCAGAGGAGAGGAUCGGCGUCCAACACCGCCACGACCGACCGAGAGAGAAGGACGAACCGGAAUCAUAAAAGACGAGAUUAAACAGCAACACGGAGACGACACGGGGAAUAAACGGGACAGAGAUACAGAGGAGGAAAUAAAACACAUCUGUACCGGGGGAGGAUACAGAGUCUGUGGCUGCAGCAGCACGGACGCGGACGGUGCGUGUCGGCGUGUGCGCGGUUGUGACAGAAAUGGGAUUGUGGUUCUCCUGAUAGCGACAGGAACAGCAGUGGAACCCGGCCGACCUGCGGACCUGAGGGAGGACAGGCACAGACAUGGCCCACGUAGGCAACGGAGCGACCGCCGAGGAUGAGGACUGCUUUGAAGAUGCAUACGACCGGAUACCUGCUGCAUGUCAGAUGGACCUGCAGACAGCUAUUCAGGAGACUCAGUGUGCUCUGAACUUGGUCCUCAACAACAAGUUCUCUGAAGCCCUGGACCUCCUCAAACCAUGGUGGAGGGACAGUAUGUACCAUGCGUUGGGUUACAGCAGCAUCCUGGUGAUGCAGGCGACCAUGACGUUUGAACACAGAGACAUCCAGACUGCCAUGGCAACCAUCAAAGAGGCGUUACACACCUGUCAGAGGUUCAGGAAGAAGAACUCGAUGGUUGGAUCUUUGUCCAGUCUGAUCAGCAAGCAGUCAAACCUGCAGGAAGAGGAAAUGCAUGCAGAGAUCUGCUAUGCUGAGUGUCUGCUGCAGAAAGCCACGCUGACAUUUGUACAGGAUGAGAACAUGAUCAGCUUUAUCAAAGGAGGCAUCAAAAUUCGAACAAGCUACCAAAUCUACAAGGACUGUCAGAAUGUGCUGAAUGUCACUCAGGAUCUGGCCGGCCAGUCUGAUUCGUUCAGACAGUUUGAAGGCGGAGUCAAGCUCGGCAUCGGGUCCUUUAACCUGAUGUUGUCUCUCCUCCCUCAGAGGAUUUUGAGGUUGCUGGAAUUCAUUGGAUUCUCAGGAAACAGGGGGUUUGGUUUGUCUCAGUUGAGAGAGGGAGCCUCCAGUCACAGUUUGCGGUCGAUCCUCUGCGCUCUGACUUUGCUCUUUUACCACACAUACGUUUCAUUGAUACUUGGAACCGGGGAGGGGAACCUGGUGGAGGCUGAAGCUCUGCUGGAGCCGUACCAACACAAAUACCCCAAAGGCUCCAUUAUACUCUUCUACUCUGCUCGCAUCGCCACGCUACGAGGAAACUUUGAGAAGGCCCGGGCCAGGUACGAGGAGUGUAUCAGCAGCCAGCAGGAAUGGAAGCAGAUCCACCACCUCUGUUACUGGGAGCUGAUGUGGACCCACUCCUACCAGCAGGAGUGGCAGCAGGCGUAUCGUUACGCCGACCUGCUGUGCAAGGAGAGCCGCUGGUCCAAGGCCAUCUACGUGUACCAGAAAGCAGCCAUCCUCAGUAUGAUGUCAGAAGAGGAAGUGAAGAAGACUGGGGAGAACAUCGUUGAGCUCUUCAGACAGGUGGAGGGGCUGAAACAACGUCUGGCAGGGAAGUCGAUCCCCACAGAGAAAUUUGCAGUGAGGAAGUCCAGGCGCUACAAAGCUGCUAACCUCAUCCCACUGGUCAUCCCUGCACUGGAGAUGAUGUACGUUUGGAACGGCUUCACCAUCGUAGGGAAGCGAGCCGACAGUACUGAGGCCCUGCUGGUGACCAUCGAGGCGGCUGAGGAGCAGCUACGCAACGACCCCAAUCCAUCAGAGUUUCAUCCAGACGACAGCUGUCUGGUCCAGAUGUUGAAGGGACUCUGUCUGAAACACCUGGGCAGGUUACUUCAGGCUGAGCUCUGCUUCACACAGGUCUUGUCCAGUGAGAGUCGUAUCAGAUAUGAUCACUACUUGAUUCCCUUCACUCUCUAUGAGUUGGGUCUGCUGUAUAAACAACAGGGAGACUUCGCCAAGGCCACCACAUACAUCGAAAAUGCCAAGACAAACUACAAGGACUACUCCAUGGAGUCCAGACUGCACUUCAGGAUCCAUGCAGCCCUCAACAGCCUCAAAGGAUCACCUGUCGGCACCCCAUAAUACUCAAAACAGCAGCUGGAAACAACAGUGUGUGAAACCUGAAUCCAGUUCAGCUGAAGUGAAUGAAUCCUCCUGUUAAUGAAGGAGCUCAGGUGUGUCGGGGUUCUGAGCUCACGUGUCCACAUGGACCUGUUUUUUCUUCAUAGCUAACAAUCUUUAUGUUAUUUUACCUUAUUUAUUUUUUCAACAGCCUUGAAAGAUGAGAUUAUUUAAGCUUGCAUCUCUUCUCAAACAGGCUCGGGCUUCCCAUCAGCGUCUACCAGAGGUUUUACUGGUGGAUGCAGAUCCAUGGUUCGCGGUUCUGACAUCUUUUAGACAAAUCAUGGCCUUAAACUAAAGUUACAACUCAUUGGGAGACCUUUACUGACAAUAAAUAUGUAUAUUUUCAGGGUAGAAUCAUAAAUACUGACCGAUAUCAGAUCGACAAGUGUUGAAACGUGUACUGAACAGCAGGGAGAGGUGUGUGUUGGAACACACAGUAUAUAUGCUUUAUAUUUUAUUUACUUUGCCUUUUUGAUUUCCUAAUGAUGCAUCAUGCCACAUGUGCACAUGGUACACAGUGUGUCUGUGCACACACAAUCACAGCCUUUUCACCAACCGUGGCUUAUACAAACACACACACACACACAACAUAAUACACUCCAUUUCAAGCUUGCACAUACUGGGCAAUAUGCACCCUGAAAACAAACACACACAUAAAUGGCUGUAAGCGCACACAUUUUAGCAGCAAUAUAAAAGAACUUGUGCUGUUAUUUAGUCAGUUAACUUCAGUGCAUCAGUGUGUGUCCAACUGUUGUUGUAGUUUUUUUUUAAUUUCUCAGAGGCAGAGCAGCUUUUGUGAACAUGGUCUACAACAAUGUUUAGGUAACGUCCAGUUUAAAGGGCCCGAGUUCUCAGAGCAGAACAUCGGAUGUUCACUUCACCUGUCGGUGGUUUAAUGUUGAGUUUGAUUGGUGGAUGUGAAAACAGUGCUAAAAGCGGUCAUCUCUGCUACAGGCUUCAGGCUCCAUUAGCCACUGCUAGUGUACUGGUGCGUUCCAGUUGUAUUCGGAAGUUAUAAUUUCCAAGUUCCUAGUCGGAAGUCAGAGCAACCCAGUGACCCCGAUAUGAGAAAAUAAGAUGGCUGCUACAUCGAUAGCAUUGAACAUUCUGCGAAUUUCACUGUAGCAGUUUGUUUCACAUUAAGUCAGUUUUUUUUUGUACGUCAACUCGGAGGUGAUGUUAUGGAACGCACCAUAACGCCCCUGAAACCACCACUGAACUGUGGUGGCGUUGUGGGUAAUGUGAGCACCAGGUUUUGACAAGAAACCUGUCAGUCACUCAAAUUUAAUGAGAAUACAUCUUUGGUUCUGCUGCAUUCCGCUGUCCAUCAUGAGAUGGAUAAUGUCACAGGAGUGUAGAUACCAAAUCAGUAGAGUACUUUUUUAAAGGAGUACUUUUUUUCUCACAGCGAUAUAGUGACUGCUCGACUCGACUGUAAGCUGUCAGCGUAAACAAACUUGCUGACUUCACCAAACUUGAACUCAGCAAGAAAACCUUCUGCUGAUUUACUUCACCUCUGCAGAAAAAUCUGCUGAUUCUGAAACUCAGUUUGUGUGACUGGGCCUUUCAGAUCAUACUUUAGUUUUUUUUCUGCAUCAGUUAAUUAUUACGUGGCCAAAGGGAUAUGCAAUUCUUUAUCAGCUUAAUUUCCUCACACAGAGCAGCUCUGCCUUUGAGAAAUGUUUGCACGUUAAAACUACGUUUACUCAACUUUCUGUUGACAAAAUACAGAGAAUUCUUGAAGGCUUUAGAUUCAACUUGAGAGUUGUCAUCCUGUUUCGAGCUGCUACCAGUCCUACUGUCGACAGACAAGCCAAGGAAGAUGGCCUCUUUCGUCUUUUGUUAUGCUGAGUAGUAUUCUAUAUAGUAAAUUAUGUAGAUCAACAACAUACAUGAAGAGCAGUUUUGGUAUCUAUUUAUGUACUAAUGAAUAAAAUGAAGCACAAUCUAUGAUAUCCAAUCCCCACUAUUAAUAUUUGACGUCUAAAGGGUUUCAAAAUGUUUUUCAUGACCUUUCCUCAUUUGGUUUCAAGCUGUUUGAUACUAUUUACUAUGAUGUAUAUGUUCAAUUAACACAAAGGAGAUUUAUGAAAAAGCUGCAGUGGUUUUAUACGAGGUGGUUUUGGGGCAUGGACGGAUGCUGGAAAACUUUCCCCCAGAGUUACACUUAAUAUUGAACUCAGUGCGCCAGAUAAACCUGUAUACCAGUGAUUUUAGGAGUUCUGUGGUUCAGUCCUGAACAACAAAAAGAGUCAACUUACUUGCAUCUUUGCUUCCAUUUUAAACAUCGGGGUAAAGGAUGCACUUUUUUCUGAUGGAUUCGAUUCCAUUAAACCUGGAAAUGAGUCCAACUUGAAUAAAUGCAACAAUGUUAACAGUAAUUAGCCUUCUCCCUGUAAUGAAUGUAUCAACCUAAAGACCAAAUUAUGUGUGUGUCUCGAUGUUGUUUGUUUGUUUUGUGUGUAUGUUGUGCCUAUAAGUGUUUGGGUGUAAUUUUCUUAAUGUCUUUGUGUGAUCUAGGACUUAACGUCUGAACAAUCUAAUUCGCCAAGUGCAGUAAAUAUUCUGGAGCUUGUUGGUAACAGUUAAAGUCACUAAGUCAAUAAAAACACAGUCAUAUAUCUAAAAGAUGUGUGGCAAUAAGUACAGUACUAUGGUGUUAGAUCGAUUGCUGAUGCUAGGAAACUGCCAGUGGAGGUUUUAGCUAAUGCUGCUAAAGGUUCUGGAAAGUUUGACUCAGUAAAGGUUAAAGGUAAAGCAACAAUUGUUAAAAUGAUCAGUUAGCUCUUAAAUGAUGAGAACAGACACCAAAAUCCUCCAUGUGUCUCCCUGUGCAAUAAAACAUUGAUUUAACAGAGUUUAUGAUAUUUUAGCAUCACAUCCCCUGCUUACAUUCUUAGCACGCUGCUUCUUAUCACUUAAUUUUGCAUGCCAAUAUUUUAGUAUUAUGUCAUGGGAAAUGCUAAAAUGUUAGCAUUAUUGUGCAAUAUGGUGUGUUAAUGUUAAUAUGUUAGCAUGAUACCAGCCCCAGUUUGUCUAUUUUGCAUUAUCGUUGCCUUUGAGGUAGCUAAUGAUAGAAACUAAUUUUUGAAAGAACAAAUCUCUGUUGAUCUUUCAGAAACCAAGAUAAUCUUUUAAUAACACUUAAUGUGGUUCUGAAGGUAUAUCAAGAAUCAUAAAAAACUCUUUUAUCCACCUGAGGGAUUUGCCCUAACUCCUAACCCCCUUUUUCUCAGCCAGAAGUGACGUAUCUCCUCAAUGCAACAACAUAUAAGAAAACAAGAAAUAAAUAUACAUACACACACAUCAUUAUAGUAUGGUGAAUGUUUUCAUGUCCAAAUUGAGCAAGGUAGAGGUUUGUUCAUUUGUAGCUAGCAUCUUUGUUUUUGAAUUAAUAGCAAGUAAGGUCAAAACUUAGAAAAUACUUUAAAACUCUUUUUAUUGUGCAGUUGACAAAGUAUUUUUUCUUGUCAUAAGUCAUUUUAACUUAGUAAGAGCCGUUAUGUUAUCUUUUUGGAAACUAGAUGCCAAGCUUAAGAUGUUCGAAUACAGACCAGAUCAGUAUCUAUGCUAAUUCUAUCCUUGUUAGGAUGAUUGGUCAUAUUGAUCCUUGUUGACCAACUGUAACGGAUCAACUUAAAUACCAUUCUGAGGGUGGAUAAAAUUGUGUUUUUGGUGUAUGCUAAUGGUUUAGCAUGACACUUAGAAUCAGACUAGAGCCAGUGAUGGAUGUUUUUGGUGUAGUUUUUUAUCAUUUAACAGGUAUCAACCAACAAUCAAUCACCAAAAUCUUGGUGUCAUCCUUUAAAAUGGUCUCAUUUUAUAAUCACAACGAUUUUUCAUAGAUGGUUCGUGUGUUUUCAUUCAGUUGCUUAUGUCAGUGCCUCUGUGUGUCUGUGUUUAAGCUGUAUUUCUAUAUAGGGUUUUCUAUAGAAUUUGCUUUGCAUGAUAUUCUUAAAUAUAUUUAAUCUUUUUUUCUAAUAUAAGACAUUACUGUAUGAUAUGUACAGAGAGAUGUCCCAAUAUUACAGGCUUUACGGUUAGAGAUGGUGACCUAUGGUGCAAUAAAAUGAAAACAGAAUAACUGUUCGUUUUGAGUGACACAGCGUUUUGUCUUUUAUUGCCACUGUGUCUGUUUUUGUGUCGUGUUGUGUCAGUGAGUUAAAUUUAUAGAUUUCUAAAAGUUAAAGUUGUCACAUUAUGAUGGAUCAUGGCGACGUAACAUCAGCAUUAGGGUAUUCUCCUCUCUAAUAACUCCUUAUGCUGCCGUUUUUGUAUCACUGGCUUUCCAACCAAAAAAUAAUAAUAAUAAACAUGAUAAACUUUGAUUAUACUUUGCAAAUCACAAACUCCCACUGUUUCAGCAGGACAUCAAGUUAUAGAGCAGUGCAGGGAUGAUGUAUUUCUGUAGUCCAACCUGGAAGUUAGCAUCAGCCUGGUUCCCUCCACAAAAAACCAACGGGAUAUUUUAAUUGUGUUUUGGAUUAUUCCAGAAUUCCAGAUCCUUCCAGGUUUAGCUCAUCAGAUAAUCUUCAUAGAUGAACACCACUGUUCUGAUGUUUGAAGCCUAAAUCCAAUCCCCAGAAGUAAAAGCUGAAGUGCUAAAAUGCUAACUUCUGGGUUUUAAGAAUCAUUCCUGCAGAAGUCCAUUGUUCUUGAUAUUUUUGCUUCUGCACAUGAAGGACAAAACAUUUAUGCUAAAGAACUUUAAGCUAAUCUGAACAAAAGUCUUAGUUGUUGAAUGAAAGGUAGUUAGCUAACGUUUUUUAAUGUAGGCGGUAAACAGCAUGUCUAUAUUGAUGAAAGCAACAAAUAUAUUCAGGGUUUGUGCUCAUGGAACAAUGUUUGAUGAGACUUCAAAUACUUAAAAUAGCCUUUAGAUUAAAGGAAUCUCUUUGGUAGAUAAAAAUGUUUUAAGUAUUGUCCAAACGUUCUAUAUGUGAAAUGUGUGCAAUACCUUUCAAAAGCCAUAAUUCUUUUUGCUAGUUGCCUUUACACACUCAAGGACACAUAUUGUUUCUUCCUUACUUGGUUUCUUUCUUCCUCUUGAUUCAUACUUGUACUGAAACUCAAUGGACACAUUCCUAUGUUGGCUUGUUGGAUGAUUUUCUAGUUUAGACUCAAGCAUUUACAUUUUGUCACCACAGUGUUUGUGAAGUCAUGAAUUCUACCUUUUGCAAAAGACUAGUUUUGCAAGACUGUAACAGAAAACAAUUCUUCAAAAAUGUGUAUUCUUACUAUACAAUGUGUUUUGGGCACAUAAAGUCCUCCAUAUCCAGUCUGACCUCCAGCUAGUUUGGACUGCUCUGCAGCUUUACUCUCAGUUAACAAUAACACGUGACUCUGACUCAUCAACUGUUCACUAAUUUGAAGAGUCAGGAAACUCCGCUGUUGGUUAAAAGUGUGAUUAAGUGUCUGUUGAAAUUCUGUCUUCGCUUAUUUCUACAAGUAAUAUCCAAACAGUUUGCUUUUGCUGGAUUCAAACAGAAACGGGUCUAAACAGAUACUGAUCCUGUCAAAAGCAAAUUCAAUCUCAGUGUUCCUUGAAAACUUGUAUUUGGUUAAUAAUAUUGUCCAUCUGGUUUGGUUUUGAUUUAUUAACACUUCUACUGACAUGUAAAUCUGAAUCUGAAGUUAUGUUUCUGUCAGCAUGAAGUCUCUCUGAUGAUCUGUGUCGGAAUAAAUUCAUCUGAGCUGAAAGACCAGUUCAUACACCA